AUGCCUUCCUUCACAGAGCAGCAUGCCAACUCGGAUCCUGAAGUAGCAGUAGACUCUGCAGUUACUUCAGGAACCGGUCUGGAUGUUACUUCUUUGCACAGAACAUUGCCGAACGGAACUGGCUCUACUUCCUCGUUGGAUGGACCGACCUUGAAACAAUACCGAGCCCCUGUCGCGAAAGCGACUGCGCGCCCGCCCAUCAAUCCUACAUCGAUGCCUUCUACCAUGACCCCUCAGUCCUCCUCGUCGAAUUUUAAGGGGGAGGCGAGGCCACUCGAGGAUAGUGAGCAAUCUAUUAAACCAGAUGAGGACCCUCAAUCGGGUCUUUUUCACCAGGUGUAUGACUGGUUACAACAUGAGAAGAACCGAAGAAUGGCUCGGAAGGCGCGACGCGCCGAGGCGGUCUCUGGCAACACGAAUGCUAUCUCUGAGAGUGAUGAACAUCCGGCUGAAGAGUCACGGUGCACGGAGAGCUCGUUCUCACUUGGCGAGUUGGAGAAGAUCUUGGCCCAAUUUGCAGGUCCCCAAAAUGUACAUGGCCUAGCAUCUCACCUCCCUUUCAAGCGCCUCACUCGCCGUCGGCCCAAGGGUCUACGUCGAGGCUCGGCGUCCGAUUCUGAUGUAACAGAUGUUGAGGCGCCAGUGCCAAAUGUCGAAGCUUAUCUGGAUAAUUCCAAGACUCUCGCCUACACAAUGGGUGUGGCAGAUGAAACCACCGAUUCUAUCAAGCGAUCCAAAGACAAAGAGGCGUGGAUCACUUUCAAGACUGAAAUUGUGCGCCUAGCGCAUACUCUCCAGCUCCGUGGUUGGCGCAAGAUGUCAAUGGAUAAGGCUGAGGAGGUUGAGGUCCACCGUCUUAGUGGUGCUCUGACCAACGCCGUUUAUGUGGUCGUUCCCCCCAAGCCUGUCUACAAGACAGAAAACGGUUCUGCCCCUGUGCACACAAGGAGACCCCCACCGAAGCUUUUGCUGCGAAUUUAUGGUCCCCAGGUCGACCAUCUAAUUGAUCGAGAGAAGGAACUCCAAAUUCUUCGUCGUUUGGGCCGCAAGAACAUCGGCCCUCGUGUACUUGGAACUUUCUUGAACGGACGAUUCGAGGAAUUCUUUGAAGCCCGCCCUCUCACUCCGAAGGAGUUGCGAAUUCCCGCGACUGCUCGGCAGAUUGCUAAGCGUAUGCGAGAAUUGCACGAUGGUAUCGAACUUCUUGACGAGGAACGAGAUGGUGGACCGAUGAUUUUCAAGAAUUGGGAUAAGUGGGUUGACCGCUGUGAACAAGUGACCACUUGGUUGGACAAAGAGGUUCAAUCCCCGCACAAUGAACUCAAGGCCGAGGCAGAACCUUGGCGCCAGCGCGGCUUUGUUUGCGGUGUGCCAUGGCCAGCGUUCCGCAAGGCCGUGGAUCACUAUCGAUCCUGGCUUAUUGCGAGCUGUGGUGGGCUUGAUGAGAUCAAGCGACAGCUUGUGUUUGCCCAUAACGAUACUCAAUAUGGAAACCUUCUUCGCAUGGAACCAGCCUCCCAGUCCCCGCUUCUCCUGCCUGCGAACUCCCACAAGCAGCUCGUGGUUAUUGAUUUCGAAUACUCGUCUGCGAACGUCGCUGGUCUUGAAUUCGCAAACCACUUUACUGAAUGGUGUUACAACUACCACGACGAGGAGCUGUCUUGGGCUUGCAACAACCGUCUUUACCCCACACCCGAAGAACAGCGUCGCUUUGUGAUGACAUAUCUCACCCAUCGCCCUGCUGUGACUGGCGGUGUUGUCUCACCUUUGGCCACUCCGGCUAUGCGAGGUGGCACCGGUAGCGCCGUGACACCUUUCAACCUGGAUGAUGGCCCCGAUUCAUCCAAUUGGUCGCAGGAUCAGAAGUCUCUCGAAGAGGACUUGGAAGCUGAGGUGCGGCGGCUCAUGCAGCAGACCCGGCUAUGGCGUGCCAUGAACUCAGCUCAAUGGGUGGCCUGGGGUAUUGUGCAAGCCAAGGCACCAGGUAUGGAAGAAGGAAUUGCUGAGAUGUUGGGUACUUCCAACAAUGGGAAUGGUCACAAAGACCAGGCUGAGGCUAAGAUCCCCCCCGUCGAUGCUGAUGUUGACGAGGAAGAUGGCUUUGAUUACCUGGCAUACGCGCAGGACAGAGCCAUGUUCUUCUGGUCUGAUCUGUUGACUCUUGGUCUGAUUAACCCAGACGAUCUCCCGGCGCCUAUGGUUGACCAUAUUCGGGCCCGGGCCGUUGAUUACUGA